AUGGUUGCGCGGAUCGCGAUAUUACACGCAGCACCUGCACACGUCGAAUGUAACAAACAAACAAAAAAAAAAAAAAAAAAAAGAAAAGAAAAGAUCAACGAAGGAAAUCGAAGAAAAUUAAUAGUUACAGUUGCACUUUUGAGCAAACGAUCGUUCUCAUCGCGUAUCAUAAUAUAUCGCACGCCUGGGAAGAUAUAUAUUUGGCACUGGAUUCCCGUUGACAGAGCUCCUCACGCUCGAAUCGCAAUUCAUCUCGCGUCAAUUAAUUACGAUCGCGUCGAUCUUGGAUUGGUAAUGCCGAUCUUCUCUUCACGGGCAUUCACGAAUCUAUGCACGUUGGUGCAAUGUCGCCUUUUUUUAUUUUAUUGCGAAACGAACUUUGCUUGCUCCGCUCGAAUUUUACGUACCAACGACACGAGCAUGAAACUAUCGAAUGAAAUUCUAAGAGGAAUUCUGAAAAUUCCAGCAACCGGCAUUACUAAGCCAAGGACCAAACGAAGCGACAGCCACAUCGUCGCAGCAAUCAGCGACGUCAAACACCAGCUUUUCCAUCGCUACGUACCGAAUCUACGUUCUUCUUCGUUCGCCUAUCGCUGCGAUUAA